AUGUGGUUUGAGGGUCCAGGCUUCCUGUCUCAGCCAGAAACAGAAUGGCCUCAGCAAGAUGCCGGUCUUACCAAGCUACCAGAUAAUGAUGCUGAGGUGAAGAAGACUGUGCUGAUGACAGCAGAGACACCUAUCGGUCCGGUUGACAGACUUCUGGAGCACUAUUCAGAUUGGACCAGGCUGAAACGGGCAGUUGCUUGGAUAUUGGUUGUGAUGAAGCGCCUCCAAGAUAGAGUAGCUGCAAGCGAGAGGUUGAAACAGGAGCCAGCACAGCAAGAGUUAGAACAGCAAGAACCCAAUGCGUUGCACCGUUCACAGAAGCUCGAAUCAGAGCAGAGCAGAGUUAAGCAAACUCUUUCAUCAGGUGACAGAGAAAGUCUUAACCAUACUCGACUUACCACAGAGAACCUUGAGGCUGCUGAGAGGGUUUUAGUGUACCAUGUCCAGCAGAAACAUUGGAAGGACGAAAUCAAAUUGCUCAACGAGACGGAGGGAAAACCAUCCUCGGUAGUCAAGAAGUCUUCUUCAUUGAGAAAGCUUGAUCCUAAGCUGGUAGAUGGACUUCUACGUGUUGGUGGUCGGAUUGGUAGAGCAGAUCUCGACUUUGAGUCCAGGCACCAGGUACUGAUGCAAAGAGACUCACCUGUCUCCAGGCUUAUUCUUCAGCAUAUACACAAGUCAGUUGGACACUUGGGCAAAAAUGCCAUCCUAGCAGAGCUUCGACGACAUUACUGGAUAAUUGGAGCACCUUCUAUCAUCAAGGGUAUCGUCUCGAGGUGUGUCACUUGCAGGAGAUACCAAACCCCGGCUGAGCAGCAGAAAAUGGCCAGUCUGCCACGAGAGCAACUUGCGUUGAAUGAACCUCCAUUCAGCAAGGUUGGAAUGGAUUAUUUUGGUCCCUUUGAGGUGAAACGUGGUAGAAGUAUGGUGAAGAGGUACGGGGUCAUAUUUACUUGUUUGACUUCGCGAGCUGUCCACUUGGAGUUAGCGCAUUCACUUGACACGGAUUCAUGCAUCAAUGCAAUCCGCAGAUUCAGUGCCCGUCGUGGAUCAUUAAAGAGCAUUCUCUCUGACAAUGGAACCAAUUUGGUUGGCGCAGAACGUGAGAUGCGUGAGCAGAUGAGAACCUGGAACCAACAGAAAAUCCAUGACAACUUGCUACAGAAGGGCAUAUCCUGGCAAUUUAAUCCUCCAGCAGGAUCACAUUUUGGAGGAAUAUGGGAGCGUUUGAUUAGAAGCGUCAGGAAGAUCCUCUACUCUCUGAUGCGAGAACAGCAUGUUCAUCUGAGUGAUGAAGCUCUCCAAACUUUGUUGUGUGAGGUAGAAGCUAUCAUGAAUGGACGACCACUUACCGAAUGCCCUAACAGUCCCAACGACCUAGAUGUCCUGACUCCGAAUCAUCUGCUUCUUCAACGGUCGGGCGAGAGUCUGCCUCCUGGGUUGUUUGACAAGCAUGAUAAAUAUCCUGUUAAGCAGUGGCGACAAGUUCAGUAUUUCGCAGACCUCUUUUGGAACAGAUGGUCGAAGGAGUAUCUGCCUAUACUUCAAGAAAGGCAAAAAUGA